AGUUUUAUUCCUACGUUUUGUAAAUCUCCUGGAUCCCACGUGCCACGCUGUGUAAGGAGGAUAGGACUUGCUUGACAUGUCACCAAAAGAAACGCGAUUGCGUGACCAAAUUUGCCUGGGUAACACGUGACAAGUAAAAGGAACGCAUGCUUGCUAAAUAGAAGGAGGACUCGCUAAACGUGACUUGAAAAAUUUUAAUUGCGCGACAUAUUGCGUGACAAAACCUGCUUGGGUUACAGGUGAGAAAAGGAUCACAUUCUUGCAUAUAAACUUGUGAAUAGAAGAAGGGAUCGUUCUAAACGUGACUUGGAAAAGUUUACUUGCGUGACACGUGACAUGUAGACGCGAGCUUGCGUGACACGUGUGUAUUUAUUGCGCACAGGGUCAGACUUGCGAGAUGUUGCACGUAGCUGUACACAACAUGGUUUGGUGGAAAAAAUUACAUUAAGACUGGUGCAAGUGAGUUCAUAUAAGUCAUCAUGGAUGGAUGUGCAAGAAUAUAUUUGCUAACUUGGAUUGUCCUGCAGCAAAAGAUAGUUUUUAGCAGCUAUGUCGACGUGAUUGUAUCACAAGCCCGAGGACAAGAUACUGCUAAAUGUCAUGAAUCUAAUUCCACGCUUCCCUGCAAAUCGAUAGAGUAUGCACUAGAAAGACUGCAAACUACCAGUGAUGGGACCACUCUUAGAAUCUUUGUCAUGGACGAGAUAUAUUGGAUAAAUAAUUCCGUAAUUAUUCGACAGCCAAAUCCAGACAUAAAUCUAUUAAUCACUAGCAGAUAUGACAUAACAUGGAUGGAGUGUAAUCGCACUGACGCAGGGAUAGAUAUUGGUCUCCGCACGCUCAACCUUUCAGCUUAUAAUGUGGAGUUCUCAAACAUUGCUUUUAAGAACUGCGGUCCAGUCCGCGCUGCUGUGGUUCUUAUAUGGAACGCGCGUAAUGUCUCAUUUAAUCAUUGUGAAUUUGUGGAUAAUACUCAAGCGGCGAUCAACGCGUUUGACAGCACAUUGACAGUUCACUCGUCUUCGUUUAUACGGAAUAGCUAUAACGAGCGCGCAGGGCAGCCCUGGCCCGUGUUUGAGCCUGGUAUUGUUUCCAUGUCGGGGGCGAUAGGGUAUCUACUGAGGAACGCAUAUGGUCUCUCUUUGACAAUUACCGAAUCCUACUUCUAUAAUAACACUGCAGUCGUUCACGAUGAUGAUUUCUACGUGUCUGCUGCCAUGAAUUAUACACAGUAUAGUGAAGAUGGUGGCGCUAUCCUGGUUAUUCUAACCGGUGGUACCGCGAACUGCAGCGUCAGGCUGGACAGACUGAACAUCACGGAGAACUCGGCCACUUAUGGGGCUGGGGUAUUCAUCGCGACGGGGGGUUAUUCCAGAGACAACGAGUUCAUCUUUACCAAUGCUGCCCUUCAUCGUAACUGGGCAUCACAGGCGGGUGGGGGUCUAUGCAUUGCGCAGUGGGAUUACUCCUUCCAGUCUCGAUUUAUCUUCAGGAAUAUUACCAUUAUUGAAAACUUUAGUAGGCGGGGGGCGGGCGUAAACGCUUUCUUUAUGAGCUUUUUUGGUGACACGGAUAACGUGCUAGAAUUCACUCGACUUCAUGUGGAAGGAAACUUCGCAAAAUCAUCUCCCGCGUUCCGUCUGACCUCCUCUCUCCCUUAUGGUAACCCUCCCGACCUCGUUCCCGUUUUCACUAAUUGUACCAUCACGAAACACGUGACCAACGCUCGUGAAGGGUGUACGUAUCUCGCGCCAAUCACCGCGCAGAGGAUGAGCCUCACUUUCGUGGGUCGGAAUGUCAUCUCCCAUAAUCAUGGAGCGGGCGGGAUGGACAUCGAGUAUGGACUCCUGCACGUGAUCGGAGAACUCGUCAUUGAGCAUAACACGUGCCAGAAUGCAGGUGCACUCAAGUUAUGGGGUAGCCAGGUGGUGCUUCACCCCGGAAGCCAUCUCGCGUUUUAUCAAAACUUCGGUGGACUGGGAGGGGCUAUUUCUUCCGAGACUUUUCCAAUAAAUGAGGUUAUUCAUGAGUACAAUGCCGACUGCCUUCUGACCUAUUCCGAGAGCCUUGUUCCCCCAUCAAAGUGGGAGACCAACGUGACAUUCGUCGGGAACGGCGCAAUGCUAAAAGGCGCCGCCAUCUACGUAUCCUCCCUCUCUUCGUGCUUGUGGGACGAGGAAUGGCCGCACUAUAACAUCAGCAAGUCCCUACGAUGGAACGACAAAUUCUACUAUCGGGAUAACUACUUAACAGGAAGAAAUAUGGAAAAGCGCUUGAUAGGUCCUGAAUACGAUAUAGCAACAGACACAGCGACUCUAAGGGGCAAGAGCGUCGACAAGUCACAGAGGCUUUCACCUGGCGAGAAUAUGAAAAUGCAACUGCAAGGUCUAGACGAGCUUGGUCACCCUGUGUACACAAUCGUGACCCUCUCAGAGACUACCACGCCCGACCUGCAAUUCCCCGGCAAGCUCUCUAUUCAGAACCCCCUCCGCAUCCUCUCGCCGAUAAGCAAUGACACAGUCAGGUUCUCCUAUAGCGUGAGCAAACGACGCUACUCCUUCCUACACAACUUCACUCACCACAUUAGCAUAACGGGCGUGUACUCUACCCAUAAUCUGGACUACAGCCUCCAAGUCGAGGCUAUACCGUGCUGGCCUGGGCACAAGUUCCAAGAUGAUCAGUGUGUUUGUGACAGUAGCAUCGCUGGUGUAGUCAGGUGCGAUGACAAUGGCCGCGCGGUAUACCUAGAUGAAGGGGUCUGGGGCGGAGUGUUCCAUGAUCGCCUUGUGACGUACAUCUGCCCCUACCAGUACUGCUACUGUAAUAAAUCUUCUAAGGAGCAAGUCGGGUGCCGGUUUGAUCCAGAUAAUGUUGAUAGCCAGUGCGCGCAAGGACGGACAGGAUUGUUGUGCGGUAGAUGUAAGGAUGACCUAACAGUUGGCCUCAGGCCGGGUGAAUGCAUCCAGUGUCGGCACAGCGGAUGGAUACUUGUGGUAGUAUUCAUCACUGUCGUCGUCUUGUGUAUCGUAGUCAUCUGGCUCAACCCUGGCAUGUCCAAGGACCUUCGCGGGCCGCUGUUUUUCUUCCAAAUGCUUCCUUUUAUCUUCAUCCCGAAUGAAAGCGUCGGCUCCGUGGUUACCGUUGUGUCGUACUUGCUGGAGUUCGGUGGUCCGCUCGUCUAUGUGUGGAAGACGUGUAUUGCUGAAGGCAUUGAUAACUUGUUCUCGGUGGCGAUGGGUUAUAUGAUGCCGUGCACGACAUUGUUGAUAUUCCUGGUGGCGUACAUUCUGAGCCGUCGCAGAAUCAUCCGAAUGAAGGUACGCAAGCACUCAAGUCUACAAGCAUUCUGGGUCCUCAUGCUGUUCAUGUACAAGUACAUCAUCGAGACCACCAUGCGCCUACUGCACUGCCCUUUGGUCGAUAACAAGAUGGUGUUUUUCUAUGAUGGAAACGUGCAGUGCUUCCAGGGAAGACACCUAAUAGUGUCCAUCGUGGCGCUGCUUGUGUUGACCUUCCUAGUCAUCCCUCUACCGAUCGUCAUCGUCUUGCUCACGCGUGGCUACUGGAAGGUAGACCCCCAGUACUUCAGUACCUUGACGGAGGGGCUGCAGUCUCAUUGCUUGUGGUGGUGGGCGGUGGAUCUCGGCAGGCGUAUUCUUAUUGUCGGGGUGUACGUGUUUGUACCGCGCUGGAAUGUCAAACAGCUGUGGAUGACGAUGUCAUCUCUGCUUAUCCUCACGGUUCAUAGCAACGUGCAGCCAUACACAAGCGUGCGCACGAACGUGACCGAGUCCUUGUACCUCCUGGCGCUGUGCGUGCUAAACAUCGCUCAGUUCAUCCCCGACGAAGACACUAAAAGCAGUGUCAGCGCUACCAUCCUGUGCAUCGCGACCAUUCACUCCUCAAUAGUGAUUUUAUACAAGGCGUACCACUUCUUCCGCAAGAGAACGAGUAUUACUUGUUCACCGUGUUGUCAUAGCAAGCUCAGGUACGGUUCUGUGGAUGAACCGGACAAAGUCGACAAAGACCAGCGUUCAAUGCAUGACGCCGAGAUCAAGGACAGACAAGCUUUGUUUGAUUCGGUGUUCGCUUCAAUAGACAAUGAGUAAUAUAGAAAUUAUCAAAAAAAGAAAAAUAAUAGAAAUGUGUUUUUAUGCUUCCUUGGAAAGCCGGAACGUAUUGCGAAGCCAACGCUCUGGACGAAAGGAAACAAGCCUUUUAAACCUAAAAAUGAUUUUGAUUUUAAAAUGUGUAUAGUGUAUAUUUUACGAUACGAUCCCAAAUAAAAGAUAAAGGAAAUUCUA